GUUUUUAAAAACGAAUUUUUGAGAAUCCAAUCGCCCUCUCUUCCUCUUAUUCUCAUCACUCGCAUGUCCUUCCUGCUGACUGGUGCUCUCAUCUAGAGUUUCAGUGGCCGACGGCUCGAUCUCUUUCUCCUCCCUGCUCGCUGGCUUCUAGUGCUUCAAAGGUCCACUGUUUCUCUCGCAAGGACGAACUCCUGACCAUUGGGCUCUGUUCUUCAGCAUUCAUCAGUACAACUGGAGCUUCUGUGGGAUCCUACAUAUGAAACCUCAGAUGUGUCAGAUUGCGGAAUCACUAUGUCAAUCAAGCUGAUAGACCCUUUGCUGAUUUCUAAUGAAGACACCCGCAAACAGGCCAUGCUGAAGAGGUUUCAUCCCCCAAGGCCAGAAUGGUUCGAGAAAUUAUCAGCUCUGUUUUUGGCUAAAUGCAUGAAAGCUUACGAGGAAGAGGUUGCAGGUUAUAAAGCAGAACUUUUUUCUAGGUUGAGAGGAAGGGUUAAUAAAGUGCUGGAGCUUGGUAUUGGGACUGGUCCCAAUCUCAAAUAUUAUGCUGGCGAUGGUGAUGUCCAUGUUUAUGGUGUAGAUCCAAACCAAAAGAUGGAAAAAUAUGCUCAAGAAGCAGCAGUAGCUGCAGGUCUACCACCAACAAAUUUUAAUUUUAUACAAAUGGUUGGUGAGGCAUUGCCAAUAAGUGAUGCAUCCAUGGAUGUGGUUGUUGGAACUCUUGUAUUAUGUUCUGUUCAAGAUGUUAAUUUGGCACUACAAGAGGUGAAGAGGGUGCUGAAACCAGGUGGUCUCUACAUUUUUAUGGAGCAUGUGGCUGCACAAGAUCGAACAGCUCUGAAAUUUCUCCAGAAUAUUUUGGAUCCUUUGCAGCAGAUAGUUUUUGAUGGGUGUCAUCUAACCAGGCAAACAAGAAAGCACAUUUCUGAAGCUGGGUUUUCAGAUGUUAACAUUAAAAUGGCCUCUGUGCCUACUUUCUUUCUUAUAAGACCUCACAUAUAUGGGAUAGCACGUAAGUAGCAUCCAAAGAGUGUGAUAAGUGUUCAUUUGUUACCAAGAUACACUUUACAGAACCUCAUUAGACAUGUGGAAGGGAACAAAAUUCUCUGGUC